AUGUAUAACUUCAAUCCAUACGGGCAACAAGCUCGUCCAAGCUAUAAUAUGCUCUUUUCUCACUUCAAACAGCUUGGUAAGUUGAAUUCAAGAAUCAUGAUUCAGACUAAUUCUUUUAACCAAUACGUUAACGUUCAACCAAACAAUGCACAGUAUAACCCAAAUAUGUACAAAAAUAUAAACUAUAACCUUCCUCCCAACUACAAUUUAAAUGCGAACGUAUACAAUCAAAAAAUACCGCCUACGCAAAGCGUUAACCCUCCACAAAUUAAGCAAAAUUUCAACUUUAGUUCUGAGUCAAAGAGUAUUCAAACCACUUAUGAUAAAAGUAAUCUGUUAAGUGGAGUUAAGAUCUCUUCAAAGUCAGCAUCAGGGUUUCCAAACCCAUCACAAAGUGACUCCACAAACCCACUAAAAAUUCAGUUAAAAUCAUCUCUAGACCCCCAAAAUUCUUCCAAAGCGUUGUAUGACCAAGCAGUACAGGCCUCAAAAUCAAUUCCUCAACAUUUCCAGAAAACUAACACUUUGCCUACUCCAUAUUCAAUUGGUCAUCAAGUUAACCCAAAAUACCCAAUGAUACAAACUAUGCCAGGGUAUUCAGUAAAUCAACCACCACCACCCAGUUACCCAUAUAAUCCAGUCGCAGCAGCUGUAACACAACCAAAUGUUCAGUUCCAAGGAGUAAUGCCUAAAACACCACCUAAUUUGUCAAGUAUUUUCUACAUCGAUACGAAAGGAAGCACACCAAAUAAAAAUAAACAAAAGGACAAAGAUACAUUAACCAUAGGCCAAGUGAAUAGGUGGAUUCAGGACCUUUACAUGCAUUUGAACAUGACGACAUGCUCUAAAAACCUAAGAAAAGCAGUGAAUGUCUAUAUUCAGCACAUAAUGGAAAAGUUCAGGAGUGGAUCACUGAAAGCAAGUGAGUUAAAAAUGCUAAGCCCAGAAGAAAUAAUGAAUUUCAAACCAACUAAAGCCGAGCCAGCCCCUGAAAUACAACAAAUCAAAACAAAUCAAGAACCAGAUGUUGUUAUUGAAGAUAAAAAUGUAGUACAGCCCUUAUUAAAUAGGGCUAAAAAGAAAAUGAAUAAAACAUCGAACAUAUACGAAAUCCUACAAAGCCAAAUUAUCGAUGAAUUAUCAGUGCCAUUGGAUGAAAAGGAAAUUCAUAGAAGAGAACAAAGAUCACAACGUUUUAAAAGUAAAAAUGCAAUCCCAGUCUACAAUUUUAACCUAGUGAAGAGCAAAACAAUAGUUGGUCUUAGUCAGGAGUUGGAGAAGCCGUAUUUAAGGCUAACAUCUGAACCGAACCCAUUAAUUGUGAGGCCUGAGCCAGUGUUGACAAAGUCGUUCAAAUACGUAUUUGAUAAAUUUCUGAAAAACAAAAACUACGUAUACAUCCAAGAACAAUUUAGAUCAAUAAGACAAGAUAUACAAGUACAGCACCUGAGAACACCAUUUGUAAUCAAAGUGUACACAACAAACGCAAGGUUGGCACUGCUGCACAAUGACCUCGACCAGUUUAACCAGUGCCAAACACAGCUCAAGCACUUGCUCUUAUCUUUUAACGAUUGUCAACUCAUACAGUUUGAGUUUGAACUGUACUACAUACUGUACCUGUCGUUGCAGAACAUGAACAUGGACCUGCUCAGAUAUUUCAAGGAAAAUUAUGUGGACGAUGUUGGGAAAGCAAACUCCAAGGUUGAAAACCAGUUCAAAACCACAUUCUACUUCAAGUUCGCAAACCUGGUCAGACUCUCAAUCUCAGACGAAAACUUCAUACAAUAUUUCAAGCUGGCAAAUACCAAAAACAUCGACUACGACUAUUAUUUGGAUCGAAUAUAUAAAGAGGCAUUUGAGCCUAAUAAAGGAAACCGACUAAAUUCAGAACCAAAGAAUUUCUAUGACACAGACUCACUAUUUUACUGCAAACUGCUUUUUAAAAUGUUCGAAAGCAAAUUUAGGAUGUUUUCACUAUAUACACUUUGCAGGCAAUUAUAUAUUCACUAUGCACUUUUCAAUAUAUUUUACAGGAGUUCAUUGACCUUGUCACUAGGGGUGUUGGUAGAUUUAUUGAAUUUCUCACACGAGGACGAAUGUCUCAGCUUCCUAAAGUAA